AUGCCAAUCUCUAUCCUCCCACCUAGCGCACCUCUACCACCACGGCGCGAUGCAAGAGACGACUCCGACGACUCCGACAUAGACAUGGAGGACGAUGACCUUGUGACUUCCGACUCAAAGUCAAUAGUAACACCUGGUGAAGCCAUUACCUCGGACCCGCAAUGGAUGCGCGGCCACGGCACAUACAUCCCAUCCAUCCCUCCGUCUUCCACCACGAUAAUAUCCACUGUCGCCGGUACCCUGCACAAAACGAACAAGCUGCUUUCUGUACAACCAUUGCGCGCCCGGUAUCAACCCGAGAUUGGCGAUUUGGUCGUCGGACGCAUAAUGACAGUGGGAACGAAGAAGUGGAACGUCGAUAUCGCAGCACCAAUGCACGCAAACCUGCCAUUGUCGAGUAUAAACUUGCCCGGUGGAGUGUUGCGACGCAGAACAACCGUGGACGAACUGAAUAUCCGAACCUUCUUCCAAGAAGGUGAUUUACUCGUCGCCGAAGUACAGAGCUUGCACCAAGACGGCACAGCCUCCCUCCACACGCGAUCGCUCAAAUACGGAAAACUGAGAAACGGUCUAUUCACUAGCCUGAGUGGCGCUGGAGGUGGUAUAUUAAGCCGCAAGGGUGGCGUAGUGAGGAGUAGACGACAGGUCUUUACGCUGAACACGGCGGCCGGCGAGAUCGACAUUGUACUUGGUGUAAACGGCUACAUCUUCAUUAGCAAGCAUAUCAUAACGAAUGCCGACCCGAAGGAAAUGGGGAUCAACAGACUGGACGAGAGCGUGACCGAGACACUGUAUUCGAGUCAAAACGACGACAUUGAGCCGCCAGUCAUGCGGGAGAUAACUAGGGUCAGCACGUUGAUCAAAGGACUGGUAGCAUGUGGUGCGAAGGUGGAUGAAGAUAUGAUUGUCAAGGUCUAUGAGGGUGCAGUCGAGCUUGAAGCUGAAGAACAGAGCCUCGGUGGUGUGGAGAGGGGCAUUGGAGCAAAGGGUGUUGUAGAAGCUGUGCUCGGACGACUGGAGGUGGAGGCUGCGGGCUGA